UUUUCUUGUCCUCUCUCUCUCUCUCUCUCUAUAUAUAUAUAUAUACAUAUAUAUAUGUAUGUUGUUCUAGUUCUUACUUUAUCAGUUUUAAGAAAUGGGUGACAAGUCAGCUACUACUCUUGAAGGGAUUAAGAACGAAACUGUUGAUUUGGAGAAAAUUCCAAUCGACGAAGUGUUUGAACAGUUGAAAUGUACCCCGGAAGGAUUAUCCACAGAGGAGGGGAACAGAAGGAUUCUAAUCUUUGGCCCCAACAAAUUAGAAGAAAAAAAGGAAAGCAAAAUUCUCAAGUUUUUGGGGUUCAUGUGGAAUCCGCUCUCAUGGGUUAUGGAAUCCGCUGCUAUAAUGGCCAUUGCGUUGGCUAAUGGCGGCGGCAAGCCUCCAGAUUGGCAAGACUUUGUUGGUAUUGUUUGCUUGCUUGUCAUCAACUCAACCAUCAGUUUCAUUGAAGAGAACAAUGCCGGUAACGCUGCUGCCGCACUCAUGGCUGGCCUUGCUCCUAAAACUAAGGUUCUCAGAGAUGGAAAGUGGAGUGAAGAAGAGGCUGCUAUUCUUGUUCCAGGAGAUAUUAUCAGCAUUAAAUUGGGGGAUAUCAUCCCUGCUGAUGCACGUCUGCUUGAGGGUGAUCCGUUGAAGGUAGAUCAAUCUGCACUCACCGGAGAAUCACUUCCUGUGACUAAGAAUCCCGGCGAUGAAAUUUUCUCUGGUUCAACUUGCAAACAAGGUGAAAUUGAAGCUGUGGUUAUAGCAACUGGCGUUCAUACUUUCUUUGGAAAGGCUGCACAUCUUGUGGACAGUACCAACCAAGUUGGACACUUUCAAAAGGUGCUGACUUCCAUUGGGAACUUCUGUAUCUGUUCCAUCGCCACGGGGAUGGUGAUUGAGAUUAUCGUCAUGUACCCAAUCCAACACCGAAAGUAUAGAAAUGGAAUUGACAAUCUAUUGGUUCUCUUGAUUGGUGGCAUUCCGAUUGCUAUGCCUACUGUUCUGUCGGUCACAAUGGCUAUUGGUUCCCACAAGCUGGCUCAGCAAGGCGCCAUCACCAAGCGUAUGACUGCAAUCGAAGAAAUGGCUGGUAUGGAUGUCCUCUGCAGUGACAAGACAGGGACACUGACACUCAAUAAGCUCAGUGUUGACAAAAACUUGGUUGAGGUGUUCGCAAAGGGCGUUGAAAAAGAUCAUGUGCUUCUGCUUGCGGCGAGGGCCUCUAGAAUGGAAAAUCAAGAUGCCAUUGAUUGUGCUAUUGUAGGAAUGCUUGCUGAUCCGAAGGAGGCUCGGGCCAAUAUCAGAGAGGUGCAUUUCUUUCCAUUCAAUCCUGUGGACAAGAGGACUGCUCUGACAUAUAUUGACUCAGAUGGCAACUGGCAUAGAGCAAGCAAAGGUGCCCCUGAGCAGAUCAUGAACCUUUGCAACGCCAGAGAAGAUGUUAGAAAGAAAGCCUAUGCUGUCAUUGACAAGUUUGCUGAACGUGGGCUUCGAUCAUUAGCUGUGGCAAGACAGGAAGUGCCAGAGAAAAGCAAAGAAAGUCCUGGAGGACCAUGGCAAUUUGUCGGUUUGCUGCCACUCUUUGAUCCUCCAAGGCAUGACAGUGGUGAAACCAUCCGCCAGGCUCUCAAUCUUGGUGUGAAUGUGAAGAUGAUUACUGGUGAUCAACUUGCCAUUGCUAAGGAGACUGGCCGAAGGCUUGGAAUGGGAACUAACAUGUACCCUUCAGCGUCUUUACUUGGCCAGCAAAAGGAUUCAAACUUAGGAGCUCUUCCUAUUGAAGAGUUGAUUGAGACUGCUGAUGGGUUCGCAGGGGUGUUUCCAGGUGGGUGCUUUCGGUAUGGUUUGCUAGCCACAAUCACAAAUAUGGCUGAGCGACGUUUUCUCACCGUGUCUGAAUUUGAUUUCUCCUUUACUGCAGAGCACAAAUAUGAAAUUGUGAAGAAGUUGCAGGAGAUGAAACACAUUUGUGGAAUGACUGGAGAUGGUGUCAAUGACGCCCCUGCACUGAAGAAGGCCGAUAUUGGCAUUGCUGUUGCGGAUGCAACAGAUGCAGCAAGAGGCGCUUCGGAUAUCGUUCUCACGGAACCCGGAUUGAGUGUUAUUAUCCAUGCUGUGUUGACAAGCAGAGCGAUUUUCCAGAGGAUGAAGAACUACACAAUCUAUGCAGUCUCAAUCACAAUUCGUAUUGUGUUCGGUUUUCUGUUUAUUGCUUUGAUAUGGAAGUUCGACUUUUCUCCAUUCAUGGUCUUGAUUAUUGCUAUUCUAAAUGAUGGCACAAUUAUGACAAUCUCAAAGGAUAGGGUGAAGCCAUCUCCUGUUCCUGAUAGCUGGAGACUAAAGGAGAUUUUUGCUACGGGAAUUUGUUUCGGCAGUUACUUGGCAUUGAUGACUGUUGUAUUCUUCUGGGCUAUGCACGACACUCAUUUCUUCCCAGACACAUUUGGCGUAAGAGAUAUAAGCCAUGACGAUGAUCAAAUGAUGGCUGCAUUGUAUCUACAAGUGAGUAUUGUGAGCCAGUCUCUGAUUUUUGUGACUCGCUCGCGCAGCUGGUCUUAUGCUGAACGCCCUGGACUUCUACUGAUGUGUGCGUUUGUGAUUGCGCAAACGGUAGCAACUCUGUUAGCUGUAUAUGCGAAUUGGGGUUUUGCUAGAAUUAGAGGUGCCGGUUGGGGAUGGGCCGGUGUGGUCUGGAUUUAUAGCAUUAUCUUCUAUAUCCCACUCGAUUUUAUGAAGUUUGCCAUUCGUUACCUCUUGUCUGGGAAGGCUUGGCGCAACCUGCUCGAGAACAAGACUGCAUUCACCACCAAAAAAGAUUAUGGUAAGGAAGAGAGGGAAGCUCAGUGGGCUCUUGCUCAAAGAACCCUCCAUGGACUUCAGCCACCAGAACCCGCUAAUCUUUUCCCUGAAAAGGGUAACUAUAGAGAGUUAUCUGAGAUUGCAGAGCAGGCCAAAAGACGUGCCGAAAUUGCAAGGCUUCGGGAGCUGCACACGCUCAAAGGACAUGUGGAUUCAGUCGUAAAGCUGAAGGGACUGGACAUCGAAACAAUCCAACAACAUUACACAGUGUGAAGAGGAGUAAGAGAGGAGCGCUCUUUGAAGAGUUGAAAAAGGGAUUUGUUAAAUGACCAACACUGUUUAAGAGAAGGGGAGAUCUACCUAAGCAGUAAUUAGAAAGGUUUGAAGGAAAGGAGAGCUUUUUAUGUGUUAUAAUUCUCCUGGUCUCUUGGCUUUUGCUUUGUAUGUAUUUAAAUGUCAUAAUAAAGGAUUGUGUUGUUGGUUACUAUUUUCUGUGAUAAAAGAGGCAAUGUAAUGUCCACUAGUUAUACAAGUUUUCUAGCUUGAACAUAA